GCUGGCUGGAGGCCGGAUUUGUCCUCAGUGACUUUGAGGGAGUUUAUUGAGGAUCAUCAACCGGUUUUCCCACAAGACAUUAAUGCAUGCUGAUUAUUACCCCAUGCUUAUGGAAGAGAGAACACCAGUUAACAUUUAACUAUUUCCUUACAAAAACUGCUCUGUAUUGGUAGAUCAGGACCACAAAAGGGAACAGAUAGUGGAACUGACUGUCAUUGAGCCAUGAACUUGUGGUUGCCCUGCUGCUGCUGGCAUAUUCUUCUUUGCCUCUGGGUACUUUUGGAUAAAGGUUGCUGCACAUGGACAUCCAGCAAUCACCACCGAUAUACACCAGCACUGCAAUUAAAAGCCAGGGAGACCCUCACCACCCCAAAAAGAAACUGGUGCUCAAUGCCUGUGAGUCGGACCAUCUCAUGCCAAGUUCAAAAUGGCACCUUCUUGCAGAGAGUCUAUCAGACCUGUCACUGGGCAGCAGGCUGCUCCGGAGGAAGUUACAGGACAGUUGUUAGACCAACUUACAGACUCAGCUACAAGAUGGUAACAGCGCUGGAAUGGAGAUGCUGUCCAGGAUUCAGGGGGCUUAACUGUGAGGAGGAUACAGGACCCUUGGCAGAGGCACAGGAAGCUCCAAGAGUUAGUGCUUCCAUUCGGAAAUUGCCCCAGAGGGCCGGGGGGAGCUUCUCAGGAUGCUUGAACUGUAGCCGCAUUCCCGAAAUGACUGAGCGGCUGAACUCAUUGGAGGCUAAGGUGGCAAGGAUCAUACAGCUUGACUCAUCAUUGAGUGAAGAUUUUGGUUCUCAUCUCCCCCCCUCCCCGCUAUGGGGAAGCCCACAAGCACGAGGUAGCCCUGGAGAGAUUGGCAUAAAGGGUUCAGCUACACAGCUUGCAAAAGGUUCCUACCUAAAUCAAGAUGGUAUUCCUCCAAGAAAUGUCCCUCAAGGUCCAGUUGGGGGACCUGGAAGGCAAGGGUCACCAGGAGUAAAAGGUCCAGCUGGACCUCCAGGUCCUCCUGGGUCUCCAGGCCCCCCUGGCAAAGAUGGAACUGUGGGACCACCUGGUGAAAGAGGUCCUCCUGGUCCCUCAAGUCUGCCCGCACCCGUGAUGCAAAGACUGUUAGAUCAAGACAUAUUUAAUUCAAAUCGGUUUGCUGAAAACGGGGGACACCAAAUUCAGGGACCUCAGGGUCCCCCGGGACCAAUGGGACCACCUGGACUUCAAGGGCAACCUGGGCCUCCAGGACUCAAAGGACAAAAUGGUUUGCCGGGCCCUCCUGGCAAAGAUGGCAUCCCAGGAGAGAAAGGAGACAGCGGCCCAAUAGGUCAUCCUGGGGAACCUGGGGCAAAAGGGGAAAUGGGAUCUCCUGGACAAAAAGGUGAACAAGGAGAGAGAGGAGAACCUAAGCGGACUCUGGCUCAGGAAGUGGACCCUCCCCAACAAGUUCCACUGGAUUCUAUCGUGGAAGGCGCCAAGGUCCUUCACCUUACAGAGUUGUACAAUCACAGCACAAUGAGGAUGAGGAAGAUGAGAGCUUCUGAUGAUUCCCAGCAAAAAGCCAUUGUCCAAACAAAUUUGGCUGUACCCAGUCUUCACAUAUGUGUGCCUUGUUACUCUAACUACCAAGCAUCAAAGAUUGCCAAGUGGGUUGUUGGAAUAGAUUAAUCUUUUCACAGUAACCUCUUUAAUUGAAACCUCCCACUGGCAAAAGAAAUGUUUACAUGACGGUUUGUUCUAUAAAAGUAUUGGUUUUAUUAUGGAGAUAUGAUCUUAUUUAACAUGGAUUUGAUACCCCCCUCUUGUGUUCAUGUUUUUCUUAUAAAAAGGUAGUGAUAAUGUCAUUUGUAGUACAGGUGCUGCACUGUAAACUUAGACUCAGUAUGGCCACAUUCCUAAUUAGUGGACAUUCCAAUGCCAUCUGUAUGAGUAAUAUGUAAGACGUAAUGUUAAUCACUGCAAAGUAUGGGCAUCCCGCAAUUCAUUUCUGGCAGUUGUGAGCACUUAAAAUGGCAGCAGAAGGAGAUUGCUGCUAUAACCCCUGCUCAGUUGUGGGACUGGGAUUUAAAACACAUUAGCGCCAGUAAAAGAUGAUAGCUGAUGAGUUGGUGUGGUUAUCAUAAGAGGAUAUGUAACUGUAUUAUUUGUUUGUACAUGUCUUAUUAUAUGAAUCCUCUGUGUGAGGACCAAAAACACUUUGUAUAAAUAAAAAGAUUUUUUCUUUUUAAAUUGAAA